AUGCAAAAAGGUUCUUCAGUUUCGUGGGUUCCAGCAGAAGUUUCAGCAGAAUCGCCGCCGCUUUUGCAGGCGUCCUUCAAUCGAAAGAGAGGCGUACUUCCAUGGAUUUUUGCCGCGCGAGGACGUUAAAACAGUGCUGAAGGGCAACGGAGAGUUCUUGGUGCGGGUGACGGAGCCGCGGAAGGGCGAGCCGCGGUCCUUCGUGCUCAGCGUCUUCCACAACAUUCCGGUCAACGUCGACGAGGACACUUGGGUGAGCGGCCCCAACUCGGAGAGCACUUGGAGAGCAUCACUUUCAGAUUAAACACUUUGUCAUCAAGCACCAAAACGACAAGUUCUUCAUUGAGAAAUCGUCGUUCCCGACAAUUCAGGAAAUGGUGGAGUAUCAUCUGAAAACGUGCGACUCGAUCAGAGAGGAUGUGAAGAUCUCGAAGCCGCUGGCACGUCAGCCGUGGGAACUCGAUCACGAAAACAUUGAAAUUCUGAAAAAGCUCGGCGAGGGAGCGUUCGGAGAAGUGUCGAUGGGCAAGAUGAAGUUUCGGAGGAGCGGGAAGGUGGUGCCGGUGGCCGUGAAGCAGGCGAAGCUGGCGAAUCUGACGAAGGACCAGAUCAAGGAGUUUAUGGGCGAGGCGAGAGUGAUGCGACAGUUCGCGCACCCGCACGUCGUCCGCUUCUACGGAGUCGCCGCCGGCCAAGAGCCCCUCUACAUGGUGAUGGAGCUCGCGUCGAAUGGAGCACUCGACAGCUACCUCAAGAAAAAUACGGAUCUGCCGCUCGAGAAGCGAAACGAGAUGAUCUUGCAGGCAGCGUGGGGCCUCGAAUAUCUGCACGGCAAGCCCGUUAUUCAUCGCGACAUCGCCGCCCGAAACUGUCUGUACGGCGACGGUAAGGUCAAAAUUUCCGAUUUCGGAUUGACGCGGUCCGGUGUUGUUUAUCAGGUGGGAAGGUUGCUCGACGUGUACACACGGAACGCUUUUUUCAGGCCGAUCCGAACAAGAAGGCUCCUAUCCGCUGGCUCUCGACCGAGAUCAUCCGCACGCGCGUCUUCUCUCUGAAAUCGGACGUGUGGGCGUACGCGGUCAUGUCCUGGGAGAUCUACAACGACGGAAUCGAACCGUAUCCGGGGAUGAUGGUGGCCGAAGUGGCGGUCAAAGUGCAGCAGGGCUACCGCAUGGAGUACCCGGCCGCCUUGAACCCGGACGUCAAGGCAUUGCUGGUGAGGAAACUGAAAAAGAAGGGGAUUGAAGUGCUCUCUUUUUCAGUCGAGAUGCUGGGCGGACGGCGAGAGCGAGCGGCCGUCGAUGGCCGACGUCGCUGUGGAACUGCAAAGAUUGUGUGGCAUCCAGAGACCAGACUUCGCGGCGCUGGAGGCUCAGCUGAGAAAGGAAAUGCUGACGAUGAACAACAUGACGCAGCGGACGCACACGCGGAAGUCGAAGGAUAAGGCGAAGGCGAGAGUGCCGAAGGGAAUGUGA